GUGAUAGUAAUUGGAAGGAUUAACCCUGAGCCAAAACAAAACAAGAGGCACUCCAACAAGUUAAGCUGUCAACAAUGACACAAAGGCUGAUUUAUAUGUCCGAGAUGAUUUUCAGAUAAACUCAUAAGAGCCACGUGAGGAGGAGGAGCAGUACCAGUGACGGACCCCAGACGCACGGACGCACGCGAGAGAGACCAUCUCCGCCAAAAGCUGUUCAGGAUCAACGUCCAGGAAAAACAACAUGGGGGCAGACCUAAAAGAAAAAGAGGAAUACAAAACUUCUGAAAACGUUGAUAAAAAUGGCACAUUGAGUAGCAGUAACAAUACAAAGGAUGAUGAAAAAAAAGAGAAAAAGAAAAAGAAAGAAAAGGAGCCAACGCCCCCUAUGGUCGGCCCGAUUGCUCUGUUCAGGUUUGCAAACAGCUCAGACAUCCUGCUGAUUCUUGUGGCGAGUGUGGCGGCGAUGGGCAGUGGUGUGCUCCUUCCUCUCAUGUGUGUUGUUUUUGGAGAGAUGACCGACAGCUUUGUAGAUUUCGCCAAACUCCCACCAAACAUUACUGAUCUCAAUAUAACAUCGUAUAACAACACGCUGCAAGAGGAUAUGACUCGCUAUGCCAUUUACUACUCUAUCAUGGGAGCCGUGAUGAUGGUGACUGGCUACUUGAACAUUUCUUUCUGGACCAUAGCUGCAGGUCGUCAGGUCAAACGCAUUCGAAAGCUUUUCUUCCAUGCGAUAAUGCAGCAAGAGAUCGGCUGGUUCGAUGUCAACGAGACCGGAGAACUCAAUACACGUUUAACUGAUGAUGUGUAUAAGAUCCAGGAGGGCAUAGGGGAUAAGGUGGGACUUUUGAUCCAAGCAUUCACCACUUUCAUUGCAUCCUUCGUCAUCGGCUUCUUCAAAGGCUGGAAAAUGACCCUGGUGAUUCUGGCUGUCAGCCCUGUGCUGGGAAUCGCCGCGGGGCUUUUCAGUAAAGUCUUAACAACGUUUACAUCCAAAGAGCAGAGUGCCUACGCCAAAGCUGGAGCUGUGGCAGAGGAAGUGCUUUCAGCCAUAAGAACUGUGUUCGCCUUCAAUGGACAAGACAAAGAGAUAAAACGAUACAAGGUAAACCUGGAGGAUGCUAAAAACAUGGGGAUCAAAAAGGCGAUUUCUGCAAACAUCGCGAUGGGCUUCACGUUUCUGAUCAUCUACCUGUCGUACGCUCUGGCCUUCUGGUAUGGCAGCACUCUGGUACUCAGCGGAGAAUACACCAUCGGGAGUGUCCUUACUGUUUUCUUUGUGGUUCUUAUUGGAGCCUUUUCGAUUGGACAGACCUCUCCAAACAUCACAGCGCUUGCCGCAGCUCGAGGGGCGGCACACAAAGUCUACAGCAUCAUAGACAGGGUUCCUACUAUCAACAGCUUUUCAGAGGAAGGCUACAAACCGGACAGCAUCAAAGGCAACAUCGACUUUAAGAACAUCCACUUCUGUUACCCAUCGAGGCCAGAUGUGAAGGUUUUAAAUGACAUGUCCCUCAGUGUGAAAAACGGACAGACUAUUGCUUUAGUGGGGAGCAGCGGCUGUGGAAAAAGCACAACGAUACAACUGCUGCAGAGGUUUUAUGAUCCACUGGAAGGAUCUAUCUGUAUCGAUGACCAUGACAUCCGCUCUCUAAACAUCCGAUACUUGAGAGAAAUGAUUGGUGUUGUGAGUCAGGAGCCCGUCCUCUUCGCCACGACCAUCGCAGAAAACAUCCGAUAUGGACGAACUGACGUCACACAACAGGAGAUCGAGCAGGCCGCCAAAGAAGCCAACGCCUACGACUUCAUCAUGAACCUGCCUGAUAAAUUUGAGACUCUCGUGGGCGACAGAGGGACUCAGAUGAGUGGAGGACAGAAGCAGAGGAUCGCCAUCGCCCGAGCUCUCGUGCGAAACCCCAUCCUGCUCCUGGACGAAGCCACAUCUGCUCUGGACGCAGAGAGUGAGACCAUCGUACAAGCUGCUCUUGACAAGGUCAGACAAGGUCGUACCACCAUUGUCGUGGCCCACCGCCUCUCCACCAUCAGGAAUGCAGACGUCAUUGCUGGAUUCCAAAACGGAGAAAUAGUGGAACUUGGGACUCACAGCAAACUGAUGGAAAUGCAAGGAGUUUAUCACACACUGGUCACAAUGCAGAGCUUUAAAAAUGUAGAAGAAAGCGACGAUGAGUUGGAGGAUAAAGAGGACGAGGAGGAUGAGAAAAGUUCUUUAAGAAAGACCUCCGUACGCCGCCGAAAAUCCACCAGAGGUUCCUCAUUUGCUGGAGAUAAAACAGAAAAAGACACAAAAGAUGACAAAGACAAGACAGAGGAGGGGGAAGACGAUGCCCCUCCAGUUUCAUUUUUCCAAGUGAUGCGUCUGAAUGUCAAAGAAAUUCCUUACAUUGUGGUGGGGGUGAUCUGUGCUAUAAUAAAUGGAGCCAUGCAGCCGCUGUUUGCAAUCCUCUUCUCCAAAAUCAUCACUGUUUUUGCAGAAGACGACAAAGAAAUCGUCAGACGAAGAGCUACUUUCUUCAGCCUCAUGUUCACUGUUAUUGGAGUAGUGUCUUUUGUCGCCAUGUUUUUACAGGGCUUUUGCUUUGGUAAAUCUGGAGAGCUUCUGACGCUGAAACUUCGACUUAAGGCAUUUACCGCUAUAAUGAGACAGGACCUGGGCUGGUUUGAUGACCCCAAAAACAGUGUUGGAGCACUGACCACCAGACUAGCAACAGAUGCUGCCCAAGUACAAGGGGCCACAGGAACUCGUUUGGCGACAUUUGCUCAGAAUAUUGCAAACAUGGGCACUAGCGUGAUCAUCUCAUUCGUGUACUGUUGGGAGUUGACGUUGCUGAUUUUGGCCGUCGUACCCGUCAUAGCUCUGGCUGGAGCUGCAGAGAUGAAGCUGCUCAGUGGACAAGCUGCUCAGGACAAGAAGGAACUGGAGAAGGCAGGAAAGAUUGCCGUUGAAGCCAUAGAGAACAUCCGAACUGUCGUGUCUCUCACUCGAGAAUCCAAGUUUGAGAAUAUGUACGAGAAAAAUCUAAAAGUGCCAUUCAAAAACUCUCAGAAGAAAGCCCACGCGUACGGCCUCACAUACUCCCUCUCUCAGGCUAUGAUCUACUUCAGCUACGCCGGCUGUUUCCGCUUUGGAGCUUGGCUGGUUGCGGAGGGGCGGGUCAGCGUGGAGGGACUGUUCCUUGUGAUUUCCGCUCUUCUGUAUGGGGCCAUGGCUCUGGGAGAGGCCAAUGCUUUCGCUCCAAACUACGCUCGGGCCAAAGUGUCUGCUGCCCACCUCAUGAUGCUGAUCAGGAGAGAACCUGCCAUCGACAAUCUCUCAAACGAGGGAGAAACACCGCCGGACUUUGAAGGCAGGGUUCGUUUUGAGGGAGUCACUUUCAACUACCCAACUCGCCCCAAUCUGCCUGUCCUGCGGGGUCUGGACCUGGAGGUGGGCAAAGGCCAGACCCUGGCCCUGGUCGGGAGCAGCGGCUGUGGCAAAAGUACCACCGUGCAGCUCCUGGAGAGAUUCUACGACACUCUUGAAGGCAGCGUGAUGCUGGAUGAGAGAAAUGUGAAGCAGCUGAAUGUUCACUGGCUGCGCUCUCAGAUUGGGAUCGUGUCCCAGGAGCCUGUGCUGUUCGACUGUUCUUUGGCCGAAAACAUUGCCUAUGGAGACAACAGCCGCUCCGUUUCCAUGGAGGAGAUAAAGGCCGCUGCUAAGAUGGCAAAUAUUCACGACUUCAUUGAAAAUCUACCACAGAAGUACAACACUCAGGCUGGAGAUAAGGGGGCACAGUUGUCCGGAGGUCAGAAGCAGCGGAUCGCCAUCGCCAGAGCGAUCAUCCGCAAUCCCAAAAUGCUGCUUCUGGACGAGGCCACGUCUGCACUGGACACUGAGAGCGAGAAGGUCGUACAAGACGCGUUGGACCAGGCGAGCAAAGGCAGGACCUGUAUUGUUGUAGCUCACCGUCUCUCGACAAUCCAAAACGCUGACCGCAUUGCCGUUUUUAAGGGUGGUGUGAUCGUUGAGCAAGGCACUCAUCAACAGCUACUGGCCCAAAAGGGAAUCUACUACACACUGGUCACCAAACAGCUUAACCGGGGUCGAGAAUAAGAAGUGGGACCAGAAGGGGGCGAUAGUGCCUUUUAUACUGAAGCGAGGGGCAUCAUGCUUUAUAUUGCCUUUUUACACCAGUUUGGACGCCACUACAACAGCACUGGACAGCUACAUAUGUUCAGUGGGGCCAUGUGCAUAUCAGAUUUAGUUAAAGGUGCAUUGUGUAACUUGCUUGUCUCCAUGGAGAUUGUAUUACCGUGUCUGGAAUGUUCUAUUGAGCAUUUAUUCAAUUAUAUUUUUAUGGUACAAAAAUCUCUUGAAAAUCAUUCAUUCUUAUUGUGAGCACGGUCUCCACUCCACAGAUCUGACCAGUAAUUUGGCCUGGUAAUGUCACCUGGUUGUUUCCACAGAAAUAGAAGUUGAAUGGCUUAUUUUAGAAGAUUCAAGGCAAAGAAAUAACAUCUCCUUAGAGACAAAAGGUGGCAGACCCUCCUCCAGAAAGGUUACACAGCGCUGCUUUAAAUACAGAGGACUCUAUGGGUGCAUUCACAUUUGCACAUAAGCCACAUCAGAAUUUUGACUUAGCACUAAACCUGGACUAAGCCAGGACUAAACCAGGACUAGAAGAGGGCAAAACCAAGUCUGCAAGUGGACUAAACUGGGCUCAAACUAGGACUAAACUAGUAUGAGAGUGAACACGUUCCAUUGAACAUGAAUAAGUGUAACCUUUGUGAUUUGAGACCAUUACACUUGCGAUUCAGUUGCCAUUGAAUCUUGCAGUUCUAAUAUUUAACAACCUUAAAAACAUAAUUUGAUCUACAAAAGAAAAUGUUUACAAAAAUGUUUAUCUUGUUUUCCAAAAAUGCCUGAAUUUCAUUUUCAUAAAUUUGUAGAUGAAAGGGCAACAACUUAAAGUGGCAGAGAGCAAAAAACAAAAGGUGAUUUAGCAUAAUGCCCUUUCUCAUUUGUACUGUCAUAUUUAAUCUUGUUCACUGGACCCUGACACAUUUACUUGAAGAGUGUACAAAGUGUUCUGUUAUUUACUUUUCUCUAAAAGUCUGUUUACAUGAGUUCUCAAACAGCAAAGCCAACUGAAUGUAUACAUAAAGGACAAAUUGAUAGAUUCCAGAAAAAAAAUUUGAGCUGAGACAAAGGCCAGUAUUUUCUACACUUAAAUCUUAAAUUUAAUAAUGCCGUUUGUUGUGCACUAUUGUGUUUUGUGCCAAUUAUUGCACUGAAAUAUAUUGUUUAUUUUUGUUAGUCACUCCUGUCAGAAAAUGUGAACUGAAAAUCAUUUAAUCUGUGCCUUGUAAAUGUGUCCAUUCUAAAUAAAUUAUGUAUUAAAAAGA